CAUUUUCCAACCGUUUAAACCCCAUUUUCCUUCUGUUUCCACUCCAUCUUCAACCUCUGUUUUCCACAAUCCAAGUUUCUCUCAAACACCUAUUUGAUUUAUGGCGUCAAGAAAGCUUCUUAUUUUCUCGUUCCUCAUCACCCUUCUCUUCAAACCCAGAUCUUUUCUUGCUUCUUCGGAGAAUGUGAAUUUCGAUUUCCAGUCCUUCACUCUCCGCAACCUCACCCUCCUCGGUGACUCCCAUCUCCGGAACGGCGUCGUCGGCCUCACCCAAGAGCUCGAUGUUCCCUGUUCAAGCUCCGGCACCGUGAUUUACGACCAACCAAUCCCUCCGAGUUCUUUUGGUGAUGGGUUGGCGUUUUUCCUUUCUCCGGAUAAUCAGACUCUGGGUAGGCCAGGAGGGUAUCUGGGCCUGGUUAAUUCUUCGCAGUCGACCAAGAACAUGUUUGUCGCAGUUGAGUUCGACACCAGGUUGGAUGCCCAUUUUGGCGACCCAAAUGAUAAUCAUGUUGCUUCAACAGAAGGCAGCACUGAGAUUCACUUGAUUGAGAAUUGGAGCUUUCAUGGUUCUGGGUUAUCUCCAGUUCGGCAUCCUCACAAUGUAUCUGAUAGUUCAGUGACGACAAUAACAGAUAUCCAUAGAUUCAGUUCUGGUAAUAAGCAUCACAAGAAGCUUGGUUUGGGUCUGGGAAUUUUUGGUCCGGCGUUCUUUUGUGUAGUUCUUUCAGUGUUCCGCUAUAUUUCUCUGAGAAAAUGGAAGGGUACGAGAACAGAGAAAAACCCCAAAGCAGAGUUCGUAGCGGGGCCCCGACAGUUUAGUGACAAAGAGCUUAUGUCAGCUACGAGAGGGUUUCAUUCAAGCAGAAUCAUAGGCCACGGUGCAUUUGGGAAUGUUUAUAAGGCCAUCUUUAUGUCUUCUGGUACAAUUGCGGCGGUGAAAAGAUCAAGGCAUUCCCAUGAAGGUAAGACUGAGUUUCUUGCUGAAUUGUCCAUUAUAGCUCGCUUAAGGCACAAGAAUUUGGUUCAGCUACAGGGUUGGUGUGUUGAGAGGGGUGAAUUACUGCUUGUUUAUGAAUUUAUGUCAAAUCGAAGCCUUGAUAAAAUGCUGUAUCCAGAAUCUGGACAUGGCAUGUCAUUGUGUUGGACCUGUUGGUGCCAUAGGAAGAAUAUUGCAGUUGGUCUGGCCUCUGUGCUGUGUUACCUGCAUCAAGGAUGUGAGCAGCAAGUCAUUCACAGAGACAUAAAGACUAGCAACAUAAUGCUUGAUGGAAACUUCAAUGCAAGGCUUGGUGAUUUUGGAUUGGCAAGGCUCAUGGAUCAUAGGAGUCCUGUUUCCACACUUACUGCAGGAACCAUGGGGUGCCUUGCUCCCGAAUAUCUUCAUUGUGGGAAGGCAACCGAGAAAACUGAUGUUUUUAGCUACGCUGUUGUUGUGCUGGAAGUAGCUUGUGGUAGGAGGCCAAUUGAGAAGGAACCUCAUAGUCAAAAACUAGAGAAUUUGGUUGAUUGGGUUUGGGGAUUGCAUACUGAUGGAAGGAUCUUGGAGGCGGCAGAUAAAAGAUUGAGUGGGGAGUUCGAAGAGGAAGAGGUGAGGAAGCUACUGCUGGUGGGUUUAAGCUGUGCAGACCCUGAUAGCGCAGAGAGGCCUUCAAUGAGGAGGUUUCUUCAGAUACUCAACAAUGAGGCUGAGUCAGUAUUAGUGCCAAAGAGGAAACCAAGCCUUAUUUUCUCUUGUAGCUUGACUGUUGAGGACAUUGUUUCCGACGAUGAAGAGUGCCAGAGAGCUUCUGUUAGUCAUGAUGAAGAUGACAUGACGAAUUCUGCUAGUCAAGUGUGAGAUUAAAUUUCACUGCUAGAUUUCAUGUUCACUUUAUAAGCGCCUAUUGAUUGUUUGACUGUUUUAAUUGCUUUAACCAUUGCAUCUCUUUUGUUAUUUUUUAGUUCGCUGACUUGAGACGAGGAGUUCACUGGCCCGAGUUCAAAACUCAUAUUGAACUGUAUGGUCUCGGCAAAUAACUAAGCUUCAAUGAAAAGUUUGAAUAUGU